AUGGCAUCCCAUUUGUCCGGAAGGACUACAGUCGUAACCGGCGCCGUUGGGGGCUUAGGGUUCGCAUUGACUAUCGGCAUUCUCCAAGAAGGCAGCGACGUUGUCUGCUUGGAUCUACCUGCCCAGCCACCGGAAGAGCUAUGGAUCGCAAUUACGGCCUGGGCCGCGAAAUCCAAUACCAUUGCAACAUAUCAUCAUUGUGAUGUUACGAACGAGGAGGAGAUCAAAGUGCGGGCGCCGGAAUACAGAAGAUACGAUGCGAUGGAAUUUCCCGUCGAGGAAUUCCGAAAGGUCCUGGAUAUCAACGUUACGGGGAGUUUCUUGAUAGCCAAGCACGCGGCGAGAAUUAUGAAAGACACGAAUUUAGGAGGAAGCAUUAUACUCGUCGCCUCGAUAGCGGGAUAUGUUGCGAGCAGGGGCGUUCGCGGAGCUGCAUACUGCGCCUCUAAGGCUGCAACGCACGCGCUAUGCCGCUCUCUCGCCACGGAGUGGGGUACACUUGGAAUUAGGGUCAAUUCUCUCUCCCCUGGUCCUAUUAAGACAGAUUUGCUAGAUGCCAUGCUCGAGGAAACCCCGUCACUUAAUGCCUCGUUCAUGGCCUCGAAUGUUCUUGGGCGCCUUGGAGCUCCCGAUGAUAUUCAAGCAGCGGCGAUUUUCUUCCUAGGGGAUGGGUCAUCCUAUGUGACAGGUACAGAUCUAUUGAUUGACGGAGGAGCUUGCUCCUCAACCUGA